ACUGCCCACCAUUUUGUAUAAUCCAAUUGCAUCUAUGAGUUGACGUUGCAUGUUGCAUCAGGUAUUCUUGUAAAUUAAGAUGCGAUAUGUAUACAAGUGAUUGACUAAGUAAGGAUAGAGUUAGAUAAUCGAAAACAAAACAGUGUUUUCAAUAAGGAAAGUGUCAAUCCAGCAUGUGAAUCGUGGCUCAAUGAUGUUUUGUGUAAAAUGUGCUAGAAAUACUAAUGCCACGGUACUCCUUAAUCUGCUCGUGAAGAAUCGUUAUUCCCGACGUAGCGACAAAAGCACAAGCACGUACAAAGUCGUAAAGUCAGAGGGUGAAAAUUUAGACGAUGUAGAUGGUGCUGUGCUUGGAAUAAACUCUAAUUGGGAGUUACUAACGCCAAGGGGCUUCCGAUUUUAUCUACCAGGAAGUGUUGGUCCUGCCUGGUCGGAUGUAACCACCACUGCACAAGUGAAAACACAGUUGGUUGACAUUUGUGAUAACAAUAAAUGGGUAUCUACAGACUUGGUCGCUAAACAAUCUAUCGAUCAAACAAAUCGUCCGAAAGACAAUGCCCAACACGCGACGCUUCGAUGCAUAGCUCAAGAAUGUCCUUUAUUAUUGAGAAAAGGUAUAGAAGAACUGUUUCCUGGAUGUUUGGACGUCGGGUCUCCACAACUUACGAUAAUUAGUAUUUGUCAGAAGAUUAAUUUAAAAACUAAUAGAUGGAGUACAGAAACAGAGAUGGAAGAGCUAGCCAAAUAUUUUGUACUAGCAGCAUCGGAUAUUUGUGGAAAAUUAAAAAUGAUCGGAUACUGGGCGGAUUUCAUCAACCCGUUCAGCGGGCAGCCGCACUUGAGCAUACAAAAGAAUAGCAGUCUUUACAAGACGGACGAACGAUUUCGUUGUUUAGGAUUUAAAAUAUUACAUAGAAACAAUUGCAAAGUUAUUUUGUGCGACAAUAACGUUAAAAAUUUUCGUGGAAGUCUCUACACUACGGCGCCUGCGAGCACAGAGUUUCUGAAAGAAAUUCUGCGCGACUGCGAGCUUGUAAAUGUUAAAGAAACCCAAUAAAAAGGAGUCUAUCGAUAUGAUGUACAUACGUUUGGUUGUUAUAUCAGUGCUUUGGUUUGGCGCAGAUGUAGUAUAAAUUUGUGGGUAUUCCUGUAUAAAAUUCACAAAGGAAAGUUUGUUAAAAAUAAUGGUGCGCAAGGUGUUUUUUCUUUAAACGUUCCAUGUUAUCUGUCGUCGUUCCAUUCGUCGCGAAAUAACGCCUCGACGCACGCACUGCCCUACCCGUUUCUACGUUAACGCAUAUAAUUAAUUGCCAAACGACGCGCAAUGUCGUCGCAUCUUAUCCUAAGCUGUAUAUAAAUUUAAACGAUUGUAGGUAACUAAUACCACCGACAGGAGAAAACGCUUUAUUCAUACCUUUCGUGGAGGUUCGUAAUAAUUAACAGCGAAGUCUGGUCAUACAAAAUUGUUGUCGCGUGACUUGCAACGAGAUCGUAAUGCAUCAUGGAGUACUAUAUAUUUAACUGGGGCGCGAUCGAGACCGUAGAUCCGCUCAGCGGAAAGAAAGAUUUAAUUGGAGCCUUCGAUAUUGUACGCGUUUAUAAAAUACACCGGUACACGCGAUACUCUUGAAAAUCAUCUCAAUGAGUACAGUUACUACGGGUACAUGGGUACAAUAACGGACAAAAAUUCAAGUCGAUGACCUUUUUGAUAGCCGUGAAAUAUUGUAUAUACUAAAUAGUGGACAAAAUUCCUAGUUUGUCUUACAAUCACACGUACAUUCAUACUCUAUUUAUGAUCGAUCUAACAACUUUCAAAACAUAAAUAGUACUUGGGAUUAUGACAAUGAAACUUUCGAUACUAUAUUCGUGGCGAACAUUAGUUUAAGACAGUUUAGGUUUAGUCAAAAUAGGACGAAAAUCAAGUAUACCAAUUUGUUGAUGGAGGCUUUGUUAAAAAGCUAUUAACGUUU